CUAUUACUGUACCUGUCCUGCCACAAUCCACUCCUCUCAGAUGACAGGAAGUGGCAUGCAGAGGGAUCAGACUUUGACUUUGACACUUCGCAAGUCUUUUCUCAAACCACAUACAUUCUACGGAGUAUCUUCCAGACAUUCCUAUUCCUGUUCUACGAAUACACCUGGUUGUCGCGCCUUGAAUUCUUCAGCAUGGCUGCGGGACAGUCAGCAGCACAGGCGCUAUUGUCUGCACUACCUCGCUGUGCGGCUGCCUGCGCCGAGGAGUUUGUUGUAACGUCAACAUGCGCCCCUACCAACCUCACAUGCAUAUGCACCGACGCACCUCUCCUCGCUCGCAUAACGCAAUGCACCACCGCAAACUGCACCGUCAUUGAAGCAUUGAGUGCCGCCAAUGUGACCGAUGCAGCAUGCGGCGUCACGCCGACUGACUCGUCUCAAACCUAUAUCAUCGUCACGUCCAUCUUCCUGGCAAUUGCAGUCCUCUUCUACCUGAUGCGGCUUUAUGUUCGUCCACCAUUUACGCCAGGCUUUCGCAUCGACGAUGGCAUCAUGUUGGUUGCGACCAUCGCUGUUGUCGUCUUCACAGCCAUCAAUUUGCAAGCCGCGCACUUGGGCCUUGGUAAAGACAUCUGGAAUGUCCCACCAGACAACAUCGACAUCGUUCUAAAGGACUUCUACAUCGGCGAAUAUCUGUACUUUUUCAUCAUCGUCUUGACGAAAUUGGCGGUGCUGGCUUUCUACCUGAAGGUCUUCCCACAGCCAUACUUCCAGAAGGCCGUCUAUCUCGUCAUCGGCCUGUGCAUCUGUUACUUUGUCUCGUUCAUGUUCGUCCUCGGCUUUGAAUGCCAGCCCUUGCCAUUCUUCUGGGAGCAGUGGCGCGAUCCAAGCGCGGGGACGUGCAUCAACAUCAAUGCGGGAGGAUGGGCGGCCGCAGCAAUCAAUAUCAUACUCGAUGUUUCCAUCCUCACCAUGCCGGUCCCCGUCAUCCUCAAGCUGCAGAUCUCCAGACAGCAGAAGCUUCAAGUUUUGAGCAUGUUCGGCGUCGGAUCAUUCAUUACCGUCGUCAGCAUCAUCCGACUUCAGUCGCUGAUCAGUUUUGCCAAGGAUUCAAAUCUCACCUACCACCUCCUCUCCAUCUCGAUCUGGAGCUCCAUCGAACUAUACAUCAGCAUCGUCUGCGCAUGCAUGCCGGCAACGCGGCUCUUCCUGCAACGAUGCUGGCCCUCACGAUUCGGCACCUCCUCCAAGUCCCAUCAAGGCUCGUACGUCCGCCAAUCGAGCACGUCGUUUCAGCCUCAACCUCAUCCGCCAGGGCCACAACAUCAUGCGGUGGCAGGACCAGGAUGGCCGAUGCACAAUAGCAACAACAAUAAUCAUAUAGUCAAGUCCAUCGACGUUAGCGUGUCCCAGGCCGGGCGUGAGGGCGACGAGAUGGAGCUGAUCGACUCUGACGGGUGGCGGGGCGCGUCCCAGCGUGGGAAUCAAUAUGUUUCGUCGACGGGCGAACGAAGGCCGUGAUGUAGGCCCGUGAUACGCCAUGAGUUUAUUGCGACCGGUUAUACUCGUACCUUGUGGGAGUUUCAAGAGUUGGGGGCAUGUACGACGACACGACGACUCGACGAGUUGUGGUCAAGGUACCUACCUGGUGACAUUGGACGGGAAGGGAAAAAAAGGCUAUAGAUGUGUAUGUGUACAAUAUAGUGUAGAAGUAUAUUCCAUCCACCCA